ACCACUGACCCCGGCUGCUGGCAGCAAUGGCGACAAGGCCGUGGCAGCCCUGUCCUCGGCCCGUGGCCGUCCUGCCUGUGGCCAUCUCUUGGUGUGGAUCAUCCUUGCAGCCAUCUUUGGUGCCUGGGCUCGGUGGGAUGGCGGGGUUUGGUGGCAGAGGGAUGCUGUGGCACGGCUGGCGGCGCUGGGAUGGCAUCGUGCCGCGGUGCCAGGGCACGGGGAAGGCUCACAGCUGCCUGCAGAGGAAGCACCAACCGCAGCGGGGCUGGACUGAGACAGCGAAGGACGGGCAGAGGGACGAGGGGGAGCACCAAGAGCUCCCAGCACCAGCGAGGAUGGAGGUGGCCAAGCUGCCCCCCAGCAAGAGGAUGGCCCCUGCUCCCCCCGUCCCUGCCAAGGCCAAGCCAGCCCCCACGCUGGUGAGCAGGCCCGGCGGUGCUCAGCCCGGCGCCUCGGCUGACGCGGAGCGUGGCAGAGCUGGUGACACAGCUGACGCCAUCCCUUUGGCAGAGGUUGAUGGCUUCGGUGCGGUACCAGUCACCACGGCCAAGCUGAGCCACCCCACAGCCACUCGGCCCCGGGUGCCAGGCCAGCGGCCACCCAGCCUCAGCCUGGGCAGCACGGGGGGGCUGUGCUGGGGGGAGCAGCCCCCGGGGCUGCCCUGUGCCGGGCUCUGUGCCCCUCUGCCCGCUGCCAGGCUGCCGGGGGUGCCACUGGGGCCGUGGCCGGAGGAGACGCUGGCACUGGAUGACCUGAAGGCUGAGGUCCGGACCCUGCACAUCCUCGUGGACCUGAUGCGAGUGCAGCACCUGCGGGACCUGGAGGAUCUGCGGCUGGAGCUGUGCCAGGAGCGUGCCAAGCGCCAGGAGCUGCAGGUGAGGCCCUGGGGAGCAGCUGCCCCAUGGCUGAGGGUGCCCACCAGCCCCCCAGCACUCACUGCUGCUCCCCACAGGCAGAGAUUGAGCGCGUGAGGAAGGUGCUGCCCUGUUAGUGUGGUCAGAGGCUGCAGCAUCCACCCCUCUGCAGCCCCGGGCUGUGGGGCAGGAGGAGGGCACAGGGGGAACCCUGAUCCCGCUGCCCCGUUGAACAGGCUGCAGCUGGGCACUGCCCUCUGCAGCAUGGCACAGCCUCAGCCUCUGAGCACAGAGAGAUUGUUUAAAAUAAACUGGU